GCUUAUGGUAAGCGCGAACAUGAGGACCUCAGUUGGAACAAAAUGUCCGCCGUGCACAUUGCGUUACUAGUUGCAACCCUUCUGCUCUUUGGAAGCAAGAGGGGUUGGUGUGGAUGUACCAAUAUGACAUCGUUUUCGUCCCAGUUGGACAUACUACUUGCAGAAUACGACCGGGAAGUAGCGCCAGAGGGGCAGGUCCUAGUUAAGACAGCGUUAGACGUGCGCCACGCGGCAGUCUACGAGCGUAGCGCCACCGUGCGGUUGCUAGCGGACUUACAUUUGAAUUGGGAUGACAAGCGAAUAAAUUGGAACUCUUCGGAUUGGGGAUGUGACAACGCACUGGUUAGCGCUGAUCGAUUGUGGGUCCCUGAUGUGGGGGUAUUAAGCGUAGCCACACUGGGUACUGAGGGUGACACCAGCCUCCGUGCUCGUCUUUCCAGCGACGGCCAUAUCUAUUGGAUUCUACGCCUUGACAUUAUUGCCCCACUCACACUUCAACUCACGGACUGGCCCCAGGACCAGCAAGAAGUUGUCUUCAAAUUCGGCUCCAGAUCGCAUUCUUCAGAUGAGAUGCUGCUUACCUUAAGUGACUUACAGCACGCGACUGUGUUCGAGUCUGGCACAUGGGAGUUGAUCCGUGUGAGGGGAGCGGAAAUAGAAUUGAACAACGGAGACUUCCAACGCCGCGUUGUCAAGUGGAUAGUAGUGUUACGUCGAAGAGCAGCAGCACACGCGCUUGCAGUGGGCGUAGUUUUUGCCGGCUCGGCCGUAUUAUUACUUGUGGCCACGAUAUUGCCCCCUAAUACACGACCACCAUUAUGCGCUGCUUCAGCGGCAAUAUCUUCACUUUGGUUGAUAUCUGCCCUGGUGCGAAUGCCAGGUGGGUCGUCGACCCCUCGCGCUAUGUCUCUUUUGAGUGGUACAUGCAUCUGUGGCGCUAUAGCGGCAGCUAGCGCGGCUCUUGUUUUACGUGUUUCGCGCUGCGUCACACCACCCCCACACAUUCUAAGGACCCUUGUCACGACUGCCUCUACUUUUAUCACACUCACACCACCUGAGGGGGGAGAGGCAGAAUGCAGCGCAUGGGCGGCGGCCGCGCGGCUCUUGGACCUGUUGAUACAGGCUUUGCUGAUCUUCACUCUCUUCGUGCUGCUAUGUGUCUUUAUCUAAUGCUGCUCUAAUCUGUAUGGAUAUUUUUGGGAUCAAUAUUGUUAGCAUGUAUUGUAAAUAUAAACAGUUAUGUUAACU